AUGGAGGGGAAACUCACCCUUCACAUAUUCUUCUAUUUUCCAUUUUCCAAUCAAAGUAGCAUUACACAAUUGGCUGGAGCACGUCUUAACUUUGCAUUUUACUUUGUUGUUGUCCUAGCUGCAACUACUGUUACUAUGUCUCGUUCACCAAAGCUGCAAGCAAUGGGUGCGCGCGAUAUGUCAGUUGAUAUUGUAGCGAUUGAACAAAAAUUAAUUCCGGUUGGUGAUAUAGUAACUUGCUUGAAAAGAUGCUACGUGCAAAGUGAUUGCAACGAUGGAUGGCUUUGUACAGAUUGCGCGAAUGAUGCAUUUGAUCAAGGUGGAAAGCAUUGCGACAAGUUUACUGCUUCUGGACAAGGAUAUUUCGCCAUGCUCACUCGUAGUCAAGCUAAUUAA